ACGUCCUAUUGACUCUUCUCUUCACGAUCUGAUGCAUUUAUAAACCUACCUGCUCGUGAGCUUGUAACUCGUCAUUUCUCUUUAGAUUGUGUGAACUGUAAGUGAUUGGUACUGCCGGAAUCGAUGUUCAGAUGCAUUGUGUCUUUAACAAGUGACGUUUACACAGCAUCCAGACUUCUGUAAAUACUUCGGAUACCUGGUUUUACCAACGUUUGGACAUAAAAAUAUGAAGGCUGUGUUUCUUGUGACUUGUAUCACUAUAUGUUUAUCACGCUCAUUCACAAGUACCUUUUGUGUGGAAUGUGACAAUGUCCGGCUCACGCCAUUACCAGAAUUUGAUAACUUGCAUGUGAAUCAGAAUCUGAUGUGGAAUAACCAAGAUUUACUCAUACUGGAAUGCGUGAGUAAGUGUUUCUUUGACCGUCGCUGCCACAGUGUCCAGAUAGACAGGAACACUGGUGGGUGUACAGGUCAUGCUACAGCCUUAUCCACCCCUGACAAGAUCUACCCUCCCGCCACAGCGCGACAGGGUUCCCGAGUCUACCUACUUCCGAGAGCCGCCCACUUCAUAGGUAGUGCCUGUACCAGUGAUGGCGACUGUCAUGUGGCGACCUCUGUGUGCAAUGAUGGAGUGUGCACCUGUCAGAUUGGGCUCUGGUUUUCCCCCUCACAACAGGCCUGUGUCACAGAAUGUUCCACCUUGGGACCCGGCCUUGUCCGCUAUGCUGGACACGCAAUUUGGGGUCAUGACUUGGAAGAGAUUCCCUCAAUGGAAGACAGUGAUUGCCAACAGCUCUGUAGCAACAACACCUGCUUCAGCGUCGACUAUGAACCGAGUACCAAGCGUUGUUUCCUAGCUUCGGUGACGUUUCUCUCAGUUGAUCCAGGAUCUCGUGGUGUUCACGGCAACUGGGUGUACUAUCAACGUAACUGUGCGUCGUAAGCCUUGUGUCCUUAGUCAGCAGGGGCGGUGGGGUAGCCCAGUGGUUAAAGCGUGCGCCCGUCACGCCGAAGACCCGGGUUCGAUUCCCCACAUGGGUACAUUGUGUCAAGCCCAUAUGUCAGCUGUAUUUGUCUUGAUAAAUAAAAAAGAACAAAACACUUUUGACACAAAAAACACAUCAGACAGACUCACUCACUCACUCCAGAAAGAACUGUUCCUUCAAACAAUAUCGUGAAGAAAUGGAAUCAGGGGGAGAUAACAAAGAGAUCAACUGAGUGUUUCUUCGCUGACACGAAGUUAACAACGCAUGCUGUGGGUGUUAAGCAACAUCUGUAAAUAUACCAUUUGUGCUCAAUAAGAGCGACUAAGCCCAUUCUAUGAUUAAAUGAAAUAUGUAUUCCAGUAGAGGCAAUUGUACGAUUCCGUUUAUACAGUGAGGAACUAUGUGUAGAACUAAUUGUCUGAUCGGCAUUCUAGAAGUUGGUGACUAAAAAAUGAAACAUACAACUUUAUGGACGACAACUUCU